UCUAACCGUGAAAACAAAGACAAAAAAAAAGGAACAAAAUUCAUAUUUGAUCUCCAUUUCGUGUGUGUUUCAAAAGUUUUUCCUCUGGGUUUCAUUUUUAACAAGCAAAAAAUUGAGUAGUGAAUGUCCGAUCUCCAACGCAGCUAUGCUUUACAAAUUGCUGCUUGGUAAACGAGCCACAAAGUCUCGGUUUCAGAGAUAUUGGAGGCAUAGAGGAAAAGCGAGAAGAAAAUGGAGGCAAUUCUGACCUCCAUUGCUAGUUCAGCUGUUGUUGAAAUUGCAAAAGCAGCGGUACUCCCUAUCGGCCGACAGUUUGGCUACAUUGUUUUCUGCAACACUAAGAUUGACGACCUAAGAGAAGAGCUGCAGAAGCUGGUUGACAAGAAGACCACUGAGGUGGAUCCGCUUGUAGUUAACGCUGCAAGGAACUUAGAAAACACUAUUGCUUCCGUCGUUAAAUGGCAGAAAUCAGUGGAUGAUGUCAAUGGAGCGGCGAUCGAAUUUCUGGAUGGUGCAAUUAACAGAAAUAAUAAAUGCUUGUAUGGGUUUUGCCCUAAUCCAAUAUCACGUUAUCGCUUGGGAAGGAAAGCUGCUAAGACGACGACGAAGGUUGUUAUUCUAAUUCAAGAGGCUGGCCAGUGGUCGUUCCUCAAUCAGAUAGCCAUUGCUGCUCCUCCGCCGAAGGUUGGAUCAACAUUCGACGCUGCAGGUGUAAAGUUUUUUGAUUCGAGGAGGUGGAUUGAGGAUGAAAUUUGGAAAGCAUUGAAAGAUGAUAAGUUGCGAAUGAUAGGUGUUUGUGGUAUUGCCGGUGUGGGUAAGACCACACUGGUUAACAUGCUUAUUAAACGAGCCAGCAGUGAGAAUUUGUUUGGGGAGUUUGCAAAGACGGUUGUCUCCCAGAAUCCUGAUUUAAGCAAGAUUCAAGAUGAAAUUGCUGAACAAUUGGGUUUGAAUUUUGAAAAAUUGGGGCUGAAGACUUUGCCUGCAAAAGCUAGUAAGCUACAUGAGAGGAUCGUGAAGAGUGACAAAAAUGUUCUUCUAAUACUUGAUGAUGUAUGGAAGGAGUUGAAUUUUGAAGCAAUAGGAUUACCCAAUUCAACUUCUAAAGAAGCAAAAUGCAAGAUUGUCCUGACUUCACGGUUCGAACAUGUUUGCAGUAAAAUGAGGAGCAAGAGGAACUUCAAGAUUGAUGUUUUAGGAGAUGAAGAAGCUUGGUCUCUCUUCAAGGAGAUGCUUGGUAGUUCUAUCGACCCUAAUUUACAUCAAACGGCAAGACACAUUUCAAAUAAAUGCAAAGGCUUGCCUAUUGCCAUUGUAACUCUGGCCAAGGCAUUACUAUACAAGCCAAAAGAGAUUUGGGAUGAUGUACUCUUACAAUUAAGGAAUCCUAACCAAGAAAGCAACCCAGAUAUGCAGGAAGAUGUGUAUUCCCAUUUGGAAAUUAGUUAUAAUCUGAUAAGAAAAAAAAAUGCCCAGUUAUGCUUUUUGCUUUGUUGCUUGUAUCCUGAAGAUUAUAAUGUUCCGAUCCAAGAUUUGGUCAGAUAUGGAGUUGGGUUGGGGUGGUUUAAGGAUCUGCAUACCAUUCAUCAAGCAAGGACCAGAGUUCAUGCUCUUGUUCAAGAACUCAAAGAAUCAUUUUUGUUGAUGGAAGGUGAUUCACUUCAAUAUGAGUCCGUGAAAAUGCAUGACCUGGUACGAGAUGUCGCCAUCAGAAUUGCCUCCAAAGAUCCCCAUAGGUAUAUAGUAAGCUGUGAUGCUAAAAUGAAAAUGUGGCCUGACCGGGAUAUAGAAAAUUACAAAGAUUGCUCUGCGAUUUCACUCAUGUGCAGAGAAAUCGACGAGCAUCCUGGAAAAUUGGUAUGCCCAAAGCUACAACUUCUACAUAUUGCAUACCACUAUGGUUGUCAAUUCUUGCCUAACAACGUUUUCGAAGAUAUGAAUGAAAUCAAAGUUUUAUCUUUGAAAAUUCCAUUAAUGCCGCAGCCUCUUGAUGUUUUGAAGAAACUUCAAAUGUUGCGUCUUCACAAUAUCGAGUCUGGCCAGAUAUCUACAAUUGGAUUUCUAGCUUCUCUCCAAAUUCUUGAUCUGGGAUCUUCGAACAUUAGAGAGUUGCCGGAAGAAAUAGGGCUACUUAAGAAUUUAAGGUUGCUAGAUUUGAGGCAUAUGCAUUCCCUGCUGUACAUUCCAUCAGGCGUGUUAUCCAGAUUGUUCAAACUAGAAGAGUUUUACGUGAGAUAUUUUGGAAGUACCGAAGAUGGAAGGUCCAAUGCCUGCCUCCAUGAGAUAGAGUCUCAUCCUAUAACUACACUGAGGAUUGGUUUAAAAGAUCUCUCAGUUUGGCCAAAAGAGCUGGUCUUCGUGAACCUUAAAAGAUUUCGUAUCUCCACACGCACAGAUGCGCCUAAGAAUGAUUCAAAAAAUGAGCUGUAUCUUUAUGGUGAUGCAAGAGAAAUAAAAAAAAGUGGGAUCUGUAUCUUAUUUGGGAAAACUGAAAUCUUGGAUUUGCACCUUGUGGCAAAUUUAAAGAACAUUGGCUAUGAGCUAGAUGAUAAGGGUUUUCCACGCUUGGAGAUGAUAUCGACCAAUUUUUGUGAUAAACUAGAAUGCAUAGUUGAUGCAACAAAUUGGCGUCAAUUGAGAAAUAAUGAUCCAAUUUGUCACCUCCCAUGUUUUAAUAAUUUGAGAGAUAUGAGAAUCAAGGCUAGUUCUGAAUUGAAAUAUUUGUUUCCACGUUCUGCUGCAGUAGGAUUGAGGCAACUUUGUAAUAUAGAAAUAAAGUAUUGCGAGAAGAUGGAGGUGUUUUUCUACGGAGAUGAAGAGAGUGAUGAGAAAGUUACAUCCAACAAUGAGCUGUUGUUUUCAGAACUAAAAACGUUGAAGCUUGAUCAUUGUGAAAAACUAAAAACAGUUGCUGGGCAAUUAGAUUCAUCGACAAUGAGCUGCCAGGAAAAGUCGAGGAAGGUGAAGAUCGAGCAUUGUCUAUUCUCAUUGCAUUGGCUACAAUUAAAAAAUUUACAGAUGCUGGAGUUGAUCGACUGCCAUUCCCUAAAAGUGGUAUUUCGACCUUUGGUAGCACAACAACUGGUGCAACUUUUAAAACUAUGCAUAGUCCGUUGCAAGCAAUUACAGUACAUAAUUGCAGAAGAAGAAGAAGAAGAAGAAGAAGAAGAAGAAGAAGAAAAGGACAACACUAAAAUAGUGUUCCCUAUGCUAGUGACCCUUAAUUUUGAUAACCUACCAGAGCUAGCGGCUUUAUGUGCUCAUAGUCAUAUUUCCUUUGAGUUUCCCUCAUUGAAAAAUGCAAAAUGGGAAAAAUGUCCCAAGUUGGAGACAUUUGGUGCAGCUUCAUCAACGUUCAUGUCUCCAAGACAACAAGAAAGUGUUCAAGAAACUAAACCUGAUGGUCAUCCUACUUCUAGGGAGGAUCAAUUGCACCAGGAGAAAACGAAGAUGACAAAGAUGGAGCAUUGCCUAUUUUCAUCGCAUUCAUUACAAUUACAAAAUCUGCAAAUGCUGGAGUUGUGUGGAUUUGAUUCGUUAAAAGUAGUAUUUCGACCCUCUGUAGCACAACAACUAUUGCAACUUAGAAAACUAGACAUAUCUUGUUUUAAGCAAUUACGGUACAUAAUUGCAGAAGAAGAAGAUAAAAACGACAACAAUCGGAGAACAACUAAAAUAGUGUUUCCUAUGCUAGCAACACUUUAUUUUGGUAGUCUACCAGAGCUAGCGGCAUUUUGUUCUGACAAUUAUAUCUCCAUUGAGUUGCCCUCCUUGAAAGAUAUAGAAUGGAAGCAUUGUGGCAAGUUGGAGGCGUUUUGUCCAUCGACAUUUAAAUAUCCUACUUCUAAUGAAGAUCAAUUGCAACAGGUAUCAAAGAGCAAAAAAAUGUUGAGUUCAAUACCAUUCUCAAGGAUCCUAAGAAGGAGAAGACAGCAAGAAAGUAUUAAAAAAUAUAACUAUGGUAUUACCAAGACUAAAUACCUCGCACCAGGUGAAAAUCAGCGGCUACAGCUUUCUUUAAUGAACAAGAAUUCAUCUUGCGAUGUUUAUGAUCACAACAAGGAAUCAUGGGGUGUAUAUUCAUCCAAAUUAAUUGAAGGGAUGCACAACCUGCAAAAAGUUCGGAUGCAUAGUAGCCUAGAAUCAGAAGUGCUGUUCAAUUUGGAGCAAGUUUGUUACAAGGCUCCUCAAGAAAUCACAGUUUUUCAAAAUCUAAGAGUCUUAGAGAUCGAAUAUAGUACGAGAUUAUUAUAUCUCAUGUCAGCUGGCAGUCGCAAGGACGAAGAAGAAAGCAGCAAGUCCAGAAUUGUAUUCCCUCAACUACACACUUUAACUCUUAAUUGGUUACCCAGUCUCAGGAGUUUCUGCAUUAAUGUCACAGUAGAAUUGCCUCUACUGGAAACCCUUACGUUGUCUAAAUGCAAUCAGAUGGGAAAAUUCUGCUAUGGAGGAUCAGUCUUCACACCAAAACUAAAGGAGAUGGUGAUAAAUGGGAGCAACUAUUAUUUGGAUAAAGACCUAAAUGUAAUGUUGGAGGAAGUGAUGUUGUUAGGAGAGUUAGCAGUAAGGGAUUCAGUAAUCCCAUCACCGUAUGUGGAUCCAAGUAAAUUCAAGUCUUUGGUUGUUGAAUAUUGUAAAACCUUGUCGGCUGCCAAUAUCCCUAGCCACGCCAUAAUGGAAAAGCUUUCUGUUAGUCACUGUGAUUCAAUAAGUGAGAUAUUUGAUUUGGAAGGAAUGAAUAAUACUUCUGCAGCGUUCUCUCACCUUCAAGACAUGUUUCUGGCGGGGCUACCAAAACUUGAAUAUGUUUUGAAGAAAAUACCAGAAAACGUCAUUGCCUUUGAAAACCUGACAACACUAAGAAUCAAGGAUUGUGCUAAUCUGAAACACAUUUUCUCAGUUUCUCUGGCUAAGAGGAUUCAAUUACAAGUACUUGACAUAAAGAAUUGCCCACUGUUGAAGCAAAUAAUUGCAGACGAAGAACAAGGAGAAGGAAGCAGCAAGGACAUAAUUGUGUUCCCUCAACUAAGGUCUCUGAAACUUUGGGAUUUGCCUGAAUUCACAAGCAUCUGCAGUGGGGCUUACUCUCUUGAAUUCCCGUCAUUGCAAGAUUUGGAAGUCUUUAUAUGCGAUAGUUUGAGAAAUAUUUUGUCAGUUUCUAUAGCUAAGGGUCUUCCCCAACUCCAAGGACUACACGUAAGGCAUUGCAAUGUGUUAAAGGAAGUAAUUGUACUAGAAGAAGAAGAAGAAGAAGGAAGCAGCAAGGACAUAACUGUGUUUCCUCAACUAAGGUAUAUGAAACUUGAAUGCUUACGCGAGCUUACAAGUUUCUGUAAUGAGACUUCUUCUCUUGAAUUCCCAAUGUUAGAAAGCUUAAAAUUAGAAAGUUGCCAUGAAAUGAAGACUUUUUCUCAAGGAUCAGUGAUCACACCCAAGCUAGAUAAUGUAUAUGUCAGUAGGAUGCAGCAAUGUCAUCCGUUAAUUGGAGAUCGAGACCUUAAUGCUACAGUGAGCCAAUUGUACAAACCCAGAUAAAGAGGUACAUUUCGGUGGUUAACAUAUCAGAUGCGAGUGGUAAAGGUUGGAUAUCUCUCUGCAUCCAAUGAUGAAACAGAGAGGAUGAGCUGAAGAACUUGAUCAAAUGAAAUCACAGGUAAUAAUGACUGUUAAUUGAAUUGAUGACUGUAUAUAAAACAGUUGAAUGUUUCAUGGAAUCCUUGUCUUUUGAGGGUCAGUGUAGCAUAGAAUGAGUAUAAUAAUGGUAAGAGGCUGGAGAAUGACAGUCAGGGCCGUUGCUCCACUUGAUUUUGCUGGAAGAGAUUUCAAAGAUGAAAUGUUCUCAAUAAUGUAGUAACUUCUCUGAUUUGUUCUUAGAAUGGUUCAUAAUUAGCGCCUAUAUCCAAUCUUGUGUCUAAAAAUGAGCCGGUAGGUUUAGCUCAGAUUGUUGGUUUUUGAAACAAUUUCUUGCAGUCUAUGAAUCAUGGAAGGGAUCAAAAUAUAAUUAAUAAUUUUGGCUUCAA